ACACCCACACUCACACACCCACACACCCACACACGCCGUCUCAAUAUCACCAUUGCCUUUUUCAACUGCCACCCAUUGAUUUGUCCUAGACGAUUCGGUCUGCGGGUGAGACUGGAAGAGCGGCAGCCGAGCAAUUGAGUAAUCGAGUAGCGAGAGCGCAGAACUGGCGGAGCAGACCCAGCAAGCCCACUAGAGGGCGGAAACAGCAGCAUACACCGCGAUCAUGGGUGUCACGAAACGCGCCGGACGCAAAAAGGAUGCGCCCGCCGUAGCGCCAGCAGCAGGUGGUUCAGCUUCAGGCUCAGGCGGGGCUCCUCAAAUCCGCAAAGCAGCCUACGAAACGGGCAAGAAGAAGGAGGUGGGCGUAUCAGAUCUGACGCUGAUUAGCAAAAUCUCCAACGAGGCCAUCAAUGACAACCUCAAGAAGCGAUUCGAGAACGCCGAAAUCUAUACGUACAUUGGCCAUGUGCUGGUGUCGGUCAAUCCGUUCCGCGACCUGGGCAUCUAUACCGAGCAGGUGCUACAUAGCUACCAAGGCAAGAAUCGUCUGGAAAUGCCUCCACACGUGUUCGCAAUCGCCGAAAGCGCAUACUACAACAUGAAGGCCUACAACGAGAACCAGUGUGUCAUCAUUUCCGGCGAGUCGGGAGCAGGGAAGACAGAGGCGGCGAAGCGAAUCAUGCAGUACAUUGCGAAUGUGUCAGGCGGGACCAACUCCUCUAUCCAGGAGAUCAAGGACAUGGUGCUGGCCACCAAUCCACUACUCGAAUCCUUUGGAAACGCCAAAACAUUGAGGAAUAAUAACUCUUCGCGAUUCGGAAAGUACUUGGAAAUUCAAUUUAAUCAGCAGGGCGAGCCAGUUGGUGCGAAUAUCAACAAUUACCUUCUCGAGAAGAGCAGAGUGGUUGGCCAGAUUCGAGACGAGCGAAAUUUCCACAUCUUCUAUCAAUUCACAAAAGCAGCGAGCCAGGAACAUAGAUCGAGUUUUGGCGUCCAGCCACCGACCACCUAUUCAUACACCAGCAAGAGCAAGUGCUACGAUGUGCCAGGCAUCGAUGAUGUGGCUGAGAUGAAGGAUACCUUGAAUGCUAUGAAAGUCAUCGGGAUGAGCCAGGCAGAAAUAGAUGAUGUCUUCCGCAUGCUGGCUGCCAUCCUGUGGAUCGGCAACAUAUCGUUCCGAGAAGACAAGGAUGGCAACGCGGAAAUUGUCGAUGCAAGCGUGGUUGACUUUGUCGCAUAUCUUCUCGAAGUGGAGGCAGUUCAGGUGAACAAGGCAAUGACAAUUCGAAUCAUUGAAACCAGCAGGGGCAUGCGACGAGGAUCUGUCUACGAUUCUCCGAUGAACAUCGCCCAGGCGACUUCAGUGCGCGAUGCUUUGAGUAAAGCCAUUUACACGAACAUGUUCGAUUGGAUUGUGCAGCGCGUGAACCAAUCGCUGAUAGCGCGAGGAGCUGUGGCACAGAGUAUCGGUAUUCUGGAUAUCUAUGGAUUCGAAAUCUUCGAGAAGAACUCGUUCGAGCAGCUGUGCAUCAACUAUGUCAACGAGAAGCUGCAGCAGAUCUUCAUUCAGCUAACACUGAAAGCUGAGCAGGAAGAGUACGAACGGGAGCAGAUUCAGUGGACACCCAUCAAGUACUUUGACAACAAGGUCGUGUGCGAGCUGAUUGAGGAGAAACGACCACCAGGUGUCUUUGCUGCGCUUAACGAUGCUUGUGCGACUGCACAUGCCGAUCCAGGCGCAGCUGACCAGACAUUUGUACAACGACUGAACGCAUUGUCUGGAAACCCCAACUUUGCCCCGAGACAAGGACAGUUCGUCAUCAAGCACUACGCGGGUGAUGUGAACUACGCCGUAGAGGGCAUGACCGACAAGAACAAAGAUCAGCUGUUGAAGGAUCUUCUGAAUCUGGUUGGAGAAAGCCAGAACAACUUUGUGCAUACAUUGUUUCCAGAUCAAGUGGACCAGGACAACAGGCGCAGACCUCCCACGGCUGGCGAUAAGAUCAAGGCGUCGGCGAAUGACCUUGUCGCGACGCUGAUGAAGUGCACACCUAGCUACAUUCGAACAAUCAAGCCGAACGAGAACAAGAGCCCGACCGAGUACAAUAACCAGAAUGUGAUGCAUCAGAUCAAAUAUCUUGGUCUGCAAGAGAACGUUCGCAUUCGAAGAGCCGGAUUUGCUUAUCGACAGACAUUUGACAAGUUCGUCGAGCGGUUCUACCUGCUUUCUCCCAAGUGCAGUUAUGCUGGCGAAUACACUUGGACAGGCGAUGCCAAAUCGGGUGUGCGGCAGAUCUUGAAGGACACCUCAAUACCUCCAGAAGAAUGGCAGAUGGGCGUGUCUAAAGCAUUCAUCAAAACCCCGGAAACGCUCUUUGCGCUUGAGACGAUGCGAGAUAAGUACUGGCACAACAUGGCGAUUCGCAUUCAAAGAGCUUGGAGAAAUUAUCUGCGCUACCGAAUCGAAUGUGCAACCAGGAUUCAACGCUUCUGGCGUAAGAAGUCUGGAGGCGAGCCAUUCCAAAAGUUGAGGGAUGAAGGACAUCAAGUGCUUGGCGGAAGGAAGGAGCGACGACGCUUCUCGCUCUUAGGAUACCGACGCUAUCUGGGUGACUAUCUGGGCAUUGACAACAAAGGUGGGAGUGGAGAGGUGCUGCGCAGCAGUGCUGGUAUUGGCGGUGGCGAACAGACAUUCUUCUCCUGCAGAGCCCAGCUUCUGGUGUCGAAGCUUGGCCGCUCGAGUAAACCAGAACCUCGAUUCUUGCUGCUCACGAACCGAGCUGUCUACAUUGUGAAGCAAGCCUUAGUGAAUAAGCAGGUGCAGAUUCUGUCCGAGCGCACGAUUCCUGUGGGCGCCAUCAAGUUCGUAAGCACGAGCACUCUCAAGGACGACUGGUUCUCGCUUGGCGUAGGAAGUCCCCAGGAACCAGAUCCGCUACUGAACUGCAUCUUCAAGACCGAAUUCUUUACGCAACUCAAGCAGGUCACAAGAGGCGCUACUCAGCUACAGAUUGCAGAGACUAUCAGCUACAACAAAAAGCCUGGCAAGCCUGCGUUGAUCAAAUGCGUCAAGGACCCACAGGUGCCGAGAGAUGAUCUAUACAAGAGUGGCCAAAUACAUACAGGACCUGGCGAGCCUCCCAAUUCCAUCUCCAAGAAGACACCCAAAGGCAAGCCUGUUGCUGCCAAGGCCAUCACCAAAGGAGGACUGCUCAAGAAGAGCACAGGCGGAAAGCUAUCACAACAAGCCGCACAAAGAACCGGGCGACCUGUACCUGCGACACAGCCACUACCAGGCGCUUCUGCCCGACCUCCCACCCAACCACUGCCAGGUGUAUCUGCUCGACCUGCCGAGCGCGUGGUUCCUCAGCCAGUACCGGUCGCGCAAUCGCGGCCUCAGCCUGCUGCUGUACCACAGCCCGUGGCAGCUCUUUCCAAUGGCCACGCGCGGAAUGGAUCUGCUUCCAAUCGCGCUCCACCCCCUCCGCCCCCGCCGCCAGCAGCAGCCGCACCUCCCAAGGACCCACAGUUCAAAGCCCUGUACGACUUUGCAGGCCAGACCAGUGGCGAGCUCAGUCUGGCCAAGGGAGAGAUCAUUUCUGUAACACAAAAGGAAAACAAUGGCUGGUGGCUUGCGAAGAAGUCUGACGGAACGAGUGGUUGGACUCCUGCAGCAUACCUGGAAGAAGUCAAACAAGCGGCGCCUCCCCCUCCCCCUCCGAUGAGACCUGCUGGGAAACCUGCGCCCCCUGCGCCUCCCAGUAAGAGGCCCGCCAAGAAGAUGGCGCCUGCUGGUGGUGAAACACCAAGGGAUAGCGGAUAUUCGACCAGCGGUGGUGGCAGCUCUGGAGGUGCAACGCCGAAUGGCAGUGGAGGUGCCGGGCUAGCCGGCGGACUUGCUGCUGCACUGAAGGCGAGGCAGCAGGCCAUGAACAAACCUGAUGGGAGAGAUGAUGAUUGGUAGAAACGGUUUGAAAAGUGAAGGUUGUGGCACACGGCAUUGGCAGUCGCGAUCCUUGAUAGCGUUUAUUGUUUUCUGUGACUGUGGAAUAAUACCGCAGUUCACGUUAUAUAUUUCAGGUAUUUGCUUGAUUGAGCAACAACACUUGGGCCCCCCUUUUGCUACUUUUACUACUCACUUCUAUGCGCUUGCCUGCUUGGCCUGGUAAGCCGUUUGCACACCCGUCAAAAGGGCGGGAGAGAUUUUUCCAAACUGCUCAAACAAUGCAUCCAAGACGGGUUGAUGAUCCACAUUCACCAGCGUGCCCGCAAUGUUGCUGUACAAGUGAUCCUUGUCCGUCUGCGAGAAUCCCUCGUAGAACAGUCGAGGUUGCUCAUAAUCGAUAUUCUCAUCAAUCUCGCUGAGCCAUUGCACAGUGCUGGCCCCUUCCAGAGGGUGAUCAAUCGCCGUACCGGGACGAUCAAUAAUGUGAAUCGGGUCGAGAAUCUCGGCGGGGAAAUUGAGUCUCCCGCCUUGGUUUCCGUGCGAGCUGAGAUGUCCAUCACGGUCAAAGUUGGCGACGGAGCUGAAGGGGCAGUUGACGGGGAUUUCUUCGGCGUUGACGCCCACGCGGUAGCGGCCAGCGUCGUUGUAGGCGAACAGGCGAGAUUGCAGGACGGGGUCGUUGGAAGGUUCCCAGCCGGGGACCAUGUUGGCAGGGCUGAAGUGAGAUUGUUCGAUCUCGGCG